AUGAUAUCACGAAGUUUGCAGCUUACGUAUCUCGUAAUAAUAGCUCGUAUUUAACUCAACAGCUCAGUCGCCCUAGUGCACGAGUCUGUUGUAGAGCUUUGCAAGCGGAACGAAACUGAGCAUCAGCAAUGUCCAUCAACGGGAGUGUGUGUCCAAGCGGAACGGCGCCAGGCAUGUCUGGAGUGUCUGGAGCAUUGCUGACCAGUUUAAUUGGCUCCCUGCUGAGCGGUGCUUGUGAUAUUGGCAACCCAGAUGACUAUCCUCUUGACACUAACACCCAAAUGAGCGAGUUUGACUUCGUGAUAGUCGGAGCCGGCGCUGCUGGCUCUGUCCUGGCCACCAGGCUCACCGAGUCGACGUCGGCGAAUUUUACUGUUGCGCUGCUCGAAGCUGGCGGCAAUCCUCCACCUGACUCGGAUGUGCCGGGACUCUCCCAUACUUUGCAGAUGACAGAUGCUGAUUGGCAAUACAAAACCGAGCCACAAACAAACGCAUUCCAAGGGCUGGAGGGAAACAGAUGCCUUUGGCCACGGGGGAAGGCACUCGGGGGCUCGACGGUUCUGAACGCGAUGAUUUACGUUCGCGGCCAUAAAAACGAUUACGACAACUGGGUCGCUAAAGGCAACCCUGGCUGGGACUACGCCUCCGUCUUGCCCUACUUCAAGCGCUCCGAGGACAUAAAGGUAGCCGGCUUGCAGAAUUCGACGUACCACGCAAGCGGUGGACCGCUCCCUGUGUCGAACUUUGAAGAAUGGCCGCCGAUAUUUCAAGCUAUGCUCCAGUCGGCCGUUCAGACUGGAUCGAGAUUAACCGACGUGAACGGCGCGCAGCAGGCCGGCUUCAACAAGGCGCAGGUAACCGCCUCCCAUAGCGUCAGAUUCAACGCAGCCAAGGCAUUUUUGAAGGGCGCCAAAGCCAGGGAGAAUCUGCACGUCUUCAAACAUGCUCAAGCGACCAAAGUGAUAUUUGAGGGAACAAGAGCCGUCGGCGUGGAAUUCGUGAGAAAUGGACAAGUGCGGACUCUGAGAGCGCGACAGGAAGUGAUUUUAUCUGCUGGUGCGAUCAAUUCUCCGCAACUUUUGAUGCUCUCCGGCGUUGGACCUGCAGACCACCUGAAUGACCUGAACAUCAGUGUAGUUCACGACCUGCCUGGCGUAGGCCGCAACUUGCAAGAUCACUCGAGGUUCAUGGGAGCAACAUUUAGUGUUCCAAAAGAAAACAAUUCAGUGGAUCCAGUUUUCCAAUAUUUUCAAAGUCGCUCAGGACGACUGUCGACGACCGGCGCUUUGAGCCUGACAGGUUUCAUCAGCACAAAUUUUAAAUCUAGAAAUUACCCAGACGUUCAGAUGCAUUUUGAAGGACCUUUUAGUGACGCAAGAAAUGUAGACGUGGGUUCGAAAAUCUAUGGACUGACACAAGAGUCAAAAGAAACGCUUUUCAGACCAUUAUUUAAAGAAAAUCGCGACGUUUACAUCAUGGAGCCAAUCCUCUUGCGUCCUAAGAGCAGAGGCUGGAUUCAACUUCAGUCUUCCAACCCUACAGCGGCACCAAAAAUAUUUGCCAAUUUCUUCGAACAUGAAGAGGAUGUGGAAACCCUGGCAAGAGGUGCUAUAUGGAGUUUGGCAAUGAGCCAGGCCAAACCUUUGAGAACCCAGGGUGCCAGGUUGAACACUGCGAAGCUACCGGGUUGUAGCCAGUUUCCUUCGCUAUCUUUCACCUACUGGAAAUGUGCCGUCAGACACACUGCUGCCACCACCUACCACCCCGCUGGCACCUGCAAAAUGGGGCCUGCCGAGGACGCGUUGGCUGUGGUGGACGCUGAGCUCAGGGUGCACGGAGUGAAAGGACUAAGGGUGGUUGACGCUUCUAUCAUGCCAGAUAUUGUCAGUGGCAACACUAUGGCACCUGUUUAUAUGAUUGCUGAGAAAGCUGUGGAUUUGAUUUUAAAUUCAUACACAAAAAAUUGAGAAUGUUAAAUUAAUUAAAA